AACCCGUGUGCUAUUGAGUGCGUGCGCUCUCGCUCUUUUCUGCGAGUGUAUGACUGAAGGAGACGGUGAUGGUUGCACUCGCGGGUUUAUGAGUCUUGACAGAAUGGAUAGAUUACUGGGAAAUAUUGGGACCCAAGCAGUUGCUAGCAACUUUCAAUUAAUAUAUCCUGAAGUUAGCUUCACAUGCAAUGGCAGUAUUCAGAGCUGGGUGUUUGGAGCCCAGUGGGAAGGAGGAGAGAGCUUUUUCACAGAGCUACAGUUAUGGAGACCUACUGGAGAUGGAGUCUACACUAAAGUUGGAUACACUACAAUCAAUACUGCCAGGAGUAAUUCAGAACUCUAUGAGUAUACCCUCUCUCCUCCCCUGGCCUUCCAAGCUGGGGAUGUUCUGGGAUACUACCAGCCCCAGCCUUCUCUGAGUCAGUUGAGACUGCUGCUUGUACAAGAUGGAAGAGAGAGUCAAGUUGGAUACAGGUAUUCCAGAAGUAGUCCAGCCAGUUUGCUGAAUAUCACUUUAAGAUUUGAGUCUAUUAGGUUUCAGUUGUUUGUCAACGUAGUCACAGAUCCUCCAGGUUGUGGGCGUGGCUUCAUGAGUGUUGAAAGAAUGAGACUUUCCCUAAACCUGGACUCUGUUUCACCCAUUAUAUACACCGUUCAACGUCAGCAGAUCUCACCAGAAAUGAGGUUCACAUGUGAUGGGAACAUUACCAAAUGGAUCGUUGGAGCUGACUAUGCUCCAAGUGACAGCUUGAACUAUGGAGGGAAUGACAUCUUGUAUCCUGAACUUCAAAUAUGGAGAAAAGCUGGAGAUGAAACCUAUGAUAAGAUUAGUGGAACAUUUAUUGAGGCUCCAACAUUAGUGAACACUAGGAUUUAUGAAUAUGAUAACUUCUCCCCGAUCCCAGUAAAGUCUGGAGACAUUCUUGGAAUAUUUAUACCUCGACAUGCCUUCUCCAGACUUCGUAUCUUGUCUGAGAAUACUACCAGUCCCACUCAGUAUUAUCAGUUCACUGAUGCCUUUGCCGCAGUAUCACCUCACAAUGUGUUUGACAUAGGAAACCAGUUUGUGAGAACAUCAUCCUACCAUCCGUUGGUGUCUGUGGAGUUUGUGAGAAGUCCUACCUCAUCAGUCAUGAUUAUAUCCAGCUCCUCACUGGCUUCCACGGUUACCAGCCCUCUCCCCACCUCCAGAGCUCCUGUACCUUCCACCGACCAGCCCUCCUCCUCCUCCUCUGGCCAGUCUUCAGCUGCCAUUGCUGCUGGUGUUGGUGGUGGGGUGGCUGUGGCUCUAGUUCUACUGAUAUUGGUCCUCGUCCUUGUCAUUCUGGUGGUGUUUGUCAAAAAAAGAAAGCAGAAAGGAAAGCCUCAAGCAGUGGAGCAGGGGAAGGAUAGAAAUGGUGGCAGUGCUAUGGACAACCCUGUUUACACAGGUGUGGCUUCAGGUGCAGACCCUACUGCAGCCACUAUACCAUUGGAAGAACUCUAUGACCUCCCUGGACGGGAUGAGGGAAGGGGAGACGGUGUGUAUGAUCUACCUUCUGAAAGUGGCGGAGUCUAUAGUAAAGUCACUAAGACUGAAGAGCCCCCUCCUUCACCUGGUGAAUACGCCAAAUUUGAUAACCCACUAUAUGACACUACAUAACUGAUUUUACACAUCACAGUGUGUUUUCCAUUUU